CCAGGAAUCUUGGCAUGCGAGAGCAGCUCCUCGACGUACCCGCGUCCAAUCAACUGCAUGUUGCAGGAAGAGAAUGACCGCUGACCGGGCUCGACAUCUCACUCAUGGCUUGUUGGUUUUCCCUUGUUCGCAUCCGUUUGUUUUACGGGUCUACUCGCCUAUGUGGGGCUUUUGAAGGAAUCCGGCAUCUGGGUUCGGCGCCUCGUGGUGCCAGGCAUGGAUGGGAUCCGUGAACGUCAGAAGCCGUGUUGAUGCCGAGAACAUCAUGCCGCAGCCCAACAAGGGUGAUGCAACCCCAGCCAGAUGCCGGAGCCCGAGGGCACACGGCCCAGGCCUGACUCCGAGCUGUCCGAGCUGUCCGGGCUCCCCUCGGGAGGCCUUGCGCCCGCGGUCCCCCAGGGCGAGGCCAAAGGUGCCGAUGCCCACGGGUUGGGCGGAUGGCUCGCAGACGCCUCCCGCUCCCGCUCCGCUGCCGGCCCAAGUCUGCCUGGAGGAUUGCCUGGCGGCCUACGAGGAGGGGGCCACCUGCCGCGCGCCGCCCAACUCUCCGGCCUUGGGGUCUCUGACACCGGCGCUCAAAGCGGCGUGGCAAGAGCUGGAGCAGGACAUGGAGGCCCGGGCUGCCGAGCUGCCAAGGCUCAUGCUGGAAGCAGCAGUUGAGAGAGUACCCCAGCUGCUGGAGAAUUCAACCGAGGCCGACUGAGCGGCCACGAAUUCAACGGGGAUCCCGGAAUUGGGGCGGGGCGAGCAAGCCGCGGGGCAUGGUUGAUGUCCGAUUUCUGGAGUCCAGCCUUUUUCGCAU